AUUUCUGCGCAGUUUCGGUUUCGGUUAGUCGACGUUACUCGUCAACACGUCAUCAUCACACUUUCAUACCUGGUCGGCACUUUUAUUGACAUUGAUGAUGUGAUUGAUAAAACAAAACACGUUUGUGUUCGCGAAUCUGUGUUUUUUUAGUGCGGUUUAUGGAAACGUGUAGUCGGAAGAUAUGAAUUUAAUGAUGUAAUAACUAAUAUAAUUGUAUUCAGAUCGUUUGUUCUUUUUACCAAUGUAUCAAAAUCAUCGUACCGAUAACUCGUAUUGAUUCCGCUUCUAAUUACUCACGGUCCACGUUGGAAUAUCGAAUACCUGCCUAACAUGGAGCUGGUGCCGGAAACCAUUGAUUUUCCCAAAUCCGAAGAAACCACUUUACAAUUUUGGAAUGAGAUUAAAGCCUUUGAAGAAUGCAUGAAAAGGUCCAAAGGUAAACCGAGGUAUUCGUUCUACGACGGACCUCCUUUUGCAACCGGGUUACCGCAUUAUGGACAUAUUUUAGCUGGCACAAUUAAAGAUAUCGUUACUCGUUAUGCGCAUCAAAAUGGAUACUACGUUGAACGUAGAUUCGGCUGGGAUUGUCAUGGAUUACCGGUGGAGUUUGAGAUUGAUAAAAAGCUCAACAUCAGAGGACCCGAUGACGUUGCUAAAAUGGGUAUCGCAGCGUAUAACGCAGAAUGUCGUAAAAUCGUUACUCGUUAUGCUAAAGAUUGGGAAACAAUUAUCACUCGAUUAGGAAGAUGGAUCGAUUUCAAAAAUGAUUAUAAAACGUUGUAUCCCUGGUACAUGGAGAGUAUCUGGUGGGUAUUUAGUGAGCUGUGGAAUAAAGGUUUAGUGUAUCGAGGUGUUAAAGUCAUGCCAUAUUCUACCGCUUGUAAUACUCCUCUGUCGAAUUUCGAAUCCGGUCAGAAUUAUAAAGAAGUUGUCGAUCCUGCUGUGAUCGUUGGUUUUCCAUUAGUCAAAAAUCCGAGUGUUUCUUUAUUAGCUUGGACGACUACGCCUUGGACUUUACCGAGUAAUUUGGCCUUAUGUGUAAACGAAAAUUUAGUCUACGUUAAAAUUAAAGACUUGAAGAAAAACAAAUUUUUCAUUUUAAUGAAAGCUCGUCUCGAUUACGUGUUCAAAUCUGAAGAAGAAUACCAGAUUAUGGAAGAAUUUUUAGGAUUCGAAUUGAAAGGCGAACAAUACGAGCCCAUCUUUCCAUAUUUUGCUCACGUGGAAACUGCAUUUAAAGUAUUGACGGAUAAUUACGUUAGCGAAGAAUCCGGUACUGGAAUCGUUCAUCAAGCUCCUUACUUUGGUGAAGACGAUUACAGGGUAUGUCUUGCCAACGGAGUCAUUACUCGAGAUCAGAAAUGCAUGGUUUGUCCUGUAAAUGCUAGUGGCUGUUUUGUCGAACCAGUUUCCGAAUUUGCUGGUCAAUAUGUUAAAGAUGCUGAUAAAAACAUUAUCAAGAAAUUGAAAGAGAACGGACGUUUGUUCUCAGCGUCUACAAUUAAGCACAAUUAUCCAUUUUGUUGGCGUUCCGACACGCCUCUCAUUUAUAAGGCUGUGCCUAGCUGGUUCAUUCGUGUUGAGCACUUGAGCGGCGAUUUGAUGAAAUGCAACCAAGAAACAUAUUGGGUACCGGAUUUCGUCAAAGAUAAACGUUUCGGUAACUGGCUAAAAGAAGCCAGAGAUUGGGCCAUUAGUCGUAACCGUUAUUGGGGUACUCCGAUGCCAUUAUGGAUGUCUGAAGACGGCGAAGAAGUCGUUUGUGUUAGCAGCAUCGCUGAAUUAUCCAAACUAACCGGAGUUACCGUUAAAGAUUUACAUAGAGAAAACGUUGAUGAUUUAGAAAUACCGUCAGUUGAUCCGAAAAAACCAAAGUUGAGAAGAGUACCGGAGGUAUUCGACUGUUGGUUUGAAUCUGGCUCGAUGCCAUACGCUCAGCUUCACUAUCCAUUUGAACAUAGAAAAGAAUUCCCCUCGCUUUUCCCCGCUGAUUUUAUCGCCGAAGGAAUUGAUCAAACGAGAGGAUGGUUUUACACGUUGUUGGUCAUCUCUACAGCGUUAUUCAAUAAACCACCGUUUAAGAAUUUGAUCGCGAAUGGGCUCAUUUUAGCCAGCGAUGGACAAAAGAUGUCUAAAAGGAAGAAAAAUUAUCCGGAUCCGAUGGAGAUCGUUGGUAAAUACGGUGCCGAUGCUCUACGUCUUUAUUUGAUCAACUCGCCGGUUGUGAGAGCUGAAAACCUACGUUUCAAAGAAGAAGGCGUUCGAGAUGUCUUGAAAGAUGUAUUUUUACCUUGGUACAACGCGUACAGAUUUUUGGUUCAGAAUGUGAUGGUAUUGAAUGCGGAACGUAAUAUCCAAAUUAAAUUCAAAGGCGACGAACUAUCUCCUAAUAUAAUGGACAAAUGGAUUCUGUCCUUUACUCAAUCCCUGUUGAUUUUCGUUCGUAAAGAAAUGGCCGCCUAUAGAUUAUACACAGUCGUACCAAGACUGAUCAAAUUUAUCGAUAAUUUAACCAACUGGUACGUUCGAAUGAAUAGGAAACGUUUCAAAGGUGAAAACGGAUCGAAGGAUUGUGUCAACGCUUUAUCCACCUUGAGUAACGUGCUGUUCACUAUGGUCAAGAUCAUGGCUCCGUUUACGCCUUUCUUAUGCGAAUUAAUCUAUCAAAAUUUGAAACAUUUAUCGUACGAAGAAGAAAAAAGUGUACACUUUUUAAUGGUACCAGAACCAAAAUUGAACAUGCUCGAGGAAGAAAUUGAAAGAUCAGUUUCGAAAAUGCAGACGGUUAUCGAACUGGGUAGAAUAAUCCGCGACCGAAAAACCAUUCCGGUCAAGUACCCUCUGAAAGAAGUCGUCGUCAUCCAUAACGAUCCGAAUUCUCUAGAAGAGAUCAAAGUCGUCAAACAGUAUAUUAUGGAAGAAUUGAACGUCCGAACUGUCACUUUUUCGACCGAUAAAGAAAAGUACGGAAUUUCUUUACGAGCUGAACCAGAUCAUAAAACUUUGGGUAUUAGGCUAAAAUCAGCCUUUAAAGAUGUCAUGACUGAUAUCAAAAAUCUAAGUGAUAAACAAGUACAAGAUUUUGUAAACACCGGUAGCAUCGAAUUACGAGGUCAUAAAUUGAACCGCGAAGAUCUACGUAUUAUUUUCAAUUGCUCGGGACCUACCGCUACACAGCUCUCGGAUCAAUACGAAGCGCAUUCUGAUAACGACCUUUUAGUAUUAUUAAACGUAACCCUAGAUCAAGAGAUGCAAGACGAAGGAAUGGCUAGGGAGAUCAUCAAUCGUAUUCAAAAACUUCGUAAAAAAGCUCAUCUCGUUCCUACGGAUCAGAUCUACGUUCAUUACAGUAUUUUACCCGAAAAAAGCGAUUUAGACAGGGUCGCCACCGAGUAUUGCGAAUUUAUCGAAAACUCCAUUAAAUCACCUUUCAGUAAAUCUAAACCGCAGAGCAAAGUUAUCGCUAGUGAAGAACAAGAGCUGAAAAAUGCUAAAUUUACAAUUACGCUUUCGCGACGAGAAGAUGCUGCAACCGUUGUGCCCAAUUGCAGGUAUGUAAAUGUGGUCCUCAAUGGUAUUGAACCUGGAUACGGUAAACGUGGCUCUAGCGGAUCAGUGUUCCUCGAAAAUCCGAUCGGUGAAAAUUUCUUAACCAUUGAAGCUUUACGAAAAGAAAUUGAAAAUCUAUUCGGAUUAUACAAUCGUAAAGUAAUUAUUAAAAAUGAUCAAGGAAGUUUAUUAGAAGAUUUGGAUAUCGAUAAAUUGAGCACUAAGACUAUUUUCGUCGAGCCUUAUUAUGGAAGGAAAUUCGUCAAGCAAAACGUUACGAAUCAUAACAACGGUAUAGUUUCGAGUUUCAAAAACGUUAGCUUCGGCGAUAAAAAAGGUUGCAUCUUUCUGGAGAACCCGGUCGACAACUCGUUGGAAAUAAACGAAGAUAAGAUCUCAGAUUUGAUUAGAAGAAUUUUCAGCCUAAAAUCUCCGCAAAAAAUUUCCGUCGUAAAUGCCGGCAACAGUGUGAAUGUGAAAAUAUUAUGACGAGUUCUAUAGUCGCACCAGCAGCAAAUCGUACGAUAAAUACAAAAUAAUUUAUUAAUAAUACUGUUACAAAAAAAAACGUUUAUAAAAUAAACUUUCUUUUUUUUUUCAA